AUGAGUCCUCCCCGGAUUUUGCGAAUUUCUCGAUCUGAUUCACAAGAUGCCUUCGUUCUGGUUCACGUCGUCAACACCGGGCCCGCAGCGCUUGACCUGACCCUCACUGCCACUGAGGGAGAGUGCCCUUACGUAGCCUGCGUCAAACAAUCUCGCCUAAAAGAUCUUUGCGUCAAGAAUUAUCAAGGGACGGAGGAGGAGUGGGCUCGAAUUGUCUCCCGCGUCCUAGGGCAAUCCACCGAAGUUGACGAGCUGGCUUCGACCGGAAUUGAAACCACCGCUAGCAUUUCCGGCUCUGGUGAUGACGGACAAUUGAUUAUCGCCAUCCGAAACAGGGUUCAAUCUAUCACACAACGGCUCGGUACUAUAGUUUUCAAACGGGACGAUGAGCAAGCCAUUGAACUCUUUGAAUGGUCAGGAACAGCUGCAUCCAGAGCCGAUGCGCUGCAGCAGCAUGUUACGAACCUGACCAACCGCUACCGUGUCGCCGAAGAUACCAUUCAAAAGCUGAAUGAGCAACUGGAGGAGCUCCUUCGAGCCAAGGAUAAUCAUGAAAGCCAACUAGUGGCCAACUUCGCUCAGCUUUUGAAUGAAAAAAAGCUGAAAGUUCGCAACCAGCAGCGUCUUCUCGCAUCCGCCUCCGCAGAUCCGGCGAAAGUCUUCGAGAUUCAAACUGCUACCGGGAACCCCCCCAAAGCCGGCGAAUCCCGCCACACAUCAAAACGCCAUGCGCGUGAAAUGGAGCAAGCGGAUGGAGAGUCAGACGGGGGCUUCGAACAGAUGGAUGUCGACGAGAACAGGACCGAUGACGGUUCUCAGAUUGGCCCGGCCACAGAUCAGGCUACUGAUGAGGGUACCGACAACGAAAGGCAAUUAUCAUCGCAACCGGCCACGGACGACGAACUUGAUUUGCCCGGUCAAGCGACACAAUCUGAGGCAGCAUCACAGCAAGCGAGGGCAGCCCCUCCGCGGAGAGAGCUCCCUUUUACCAGACGGGAUCAACGAAGGGAAGAACCGAGCGAAGAGGCGGAGGACACUGCAGGAGAAUCCGAUGAUGACGAGCUGUGA